GAGCUGUUGGACUUUUCAUCAAUCAACGCGCUCACUGCGCACUCAUCACAGCCUGAUGCCUUUGUUGGUCUAUUGUUCCCGAGCAUUCAUCCUUCGCCUUCGGUAACCUUGUAGUAUCAGUCGACUUUGUGGCAGGGAUGACUGACGCCCGCAGUUCGAACCGUCGCAGUCGUUUGCGAGCUCGCAGAAGUGGUGAAGGCCAAUCAGACCGGCAGCGUUCGGAUUCUGUGCUCGAGUGUUUGUCGCUUGGUAGACAGUUUUAAAAGUGUAGAUUUUAUAAGAAGGAAAGGAAACACUCCGAUCUGAGUGUUAACGUCUCGUAUAGUUGCAUGAUGACGAGAAAAGUUUUACUGCUGAGUUUGUACUCGGCAGUGUUGUGCACGUGGUUUGGCAUCGAUGCUGUCCAGGGUAGACUUUCGAAGUCGGGUUCCGACAUUCCGAAUUUGAACUACACGGUUGUUCAAAAGCCUGAUGAAGGCGAUGGGUGCGAACAAAAUGAAGUCUGCCUGGCGUCAGUCGAGUGCACCUUGGACGCCGUGGCAAAGUCCAACUUGAAGCCAUGCUCGUCUGUGCCCAGCGUCGAUGGAGUUUGUUGCCCGUCCAGCGGGCUCAACGAAACUAGCAGCCAAGCCCAGAAGCGCACCGAGCAGUUGGUGCUGAGUGCCAUUCACGAAGGUCGUCGCGAGUUCGACGAGAAGCUUCGCCUUGAAGACAAACACCGCACGGUGAUGACUGCGAAGGAGAAACCGGAAUCCUUGUUCCACCGUAUGCUUCUUCCCGGAGGAUUGAAGACCUCUGGUAAGGACGUCCAAGAUCCGGAGGAGGAGGCCAAUGUUUACGGGCACGUUUUCGCUAGCCGAAAAUUUGCCGAGUUGACCAAUAUGACCCUGGAGGAACGUCAAGGAGACCGGUUUGCGAGGGUUCCUAGGGCGAUACGGAAACGGUGUCUACCGCCUGUGCCAUGCAAUCCCAACGCCCGCUACCGAACGAUCAACGGGUCGUGUAACAACCCGAUUCACACGAGCUGGGGCAUGGAGGGUUACCCGUUCGACCGAGUGUUGUACCCGGCGUACGAGGAUGGCGUGUGGGCUCCAAGAAUCCAUUCGGUGACCGGAAACUUGUUGCCCAGCGCCAGAACUGUUUCCGUUGCGCUUUUCCCGGAUGAGUACAGGCCGGAUCCGCGGCUGAACAUCCUGUUCAUGCAGAUGGGCCAGUUCAUAGCACACGACUUCACCCUUAGCCGUAGUUUCACCACAAAACAUGGAGAUCCUAUCGAGUGUUGUACCCACAACUGUACGGCGCCACUUUUCGGGCCUCACCGGCACUUUGCCUGCUUCCCGAUUGAAGUCAGCCCAAACGAUCCAUUCUACUCCAGAUUCGGGGUACGCUGCUUGAACCUGGUCCGGAUCCGGCUUGCCCAAGGACCCGAAUGCCAGCUAGGAUAUGCCAAACAAGCCGAUUUGGUGACCCACUUCCUCGAUGCGUCCACUGUCUACGGUUCGACUGAUGAUGUGGCCGCAGAGCUCCGGACAUUCCAGCAGGGUAGACUACGUGACUCGUUCCCAAAUGGAAUUGAGUUGCUUCCAUUCGCGAGAGAUCGUCGGGUAUGCGUGCCUUGGGCUCGGGUUUGCUAUGAAGCUGGCGACAUUCGGGUGAAUCAGCUGCUGGGAUUGACCAUGGUGCACACGUUGUUCAUGAGAGAACACAAUCGACUGGCAGUGGGCUUGAGUCAGGUCAACCCGCACUGGGACGACGAACGGUUGUACCAAGAAGCGCGCAGGAUUCUCAUUGCCGAACUCCAGAACGUCAUUUUCAACGAGUUUCUGCCAAUUUUGCUUGGUCACGAAAGGGUACAGCAGCUGGGCUUGGUCGAUCCUUUGGAUUCGUACACCAACUAUUACGACCCGAACCUUCGUCCGAUGACGUUUGCCGAGGUUGCUGCGGCAGCUCACCGCUACGGACAUUCCCUCGUGGAAGGUUUCUUCAGAUUGCUCACCCGCGAAGAACCGCCGGAGGACGUUUUCAUCAAGGACAUCUUCAACGACCCCUCCAAGACCCUCGAGCCGAACAGUUUCGACGUGAUGAUGUUCUCCUUUGGUCAGCAACCGAUGGAACAGAUGGACCGCUUCAUCACGUUCGGUCUCACGCGGUUCCUCUUCAAGGAACGCAAACCUUUCGGAUCAGAUCUAGCCUCCCUGAACAUCCAACGGGGUCGUGACUUUGCCGUGCGUCCGUACAACGACUACCGCGAGUGGGCUGGCCUAGGACGGAUAACCGACUUCAGUCAGCUCGGUGAAGUGGGUGCCCUGUUGGCGCAGGUCUACGAAUCCCCGGACGAUGUGGAUCUGUGGCCCGGUGGGGUGCUGGAACCGCCAGCGGAGGGUGCCGUUGUGGGUCCAACGUUCGUUGCCUUGUUGUCCGCUGGUUACACCCGCUACAAGCGUGCCGAUCGGUACUAUUUCACCAAUGGUCCAGAGGUAAACCCGGGUGCCUUCACUCUACAGCAGCUGGGUGAGCUGAGGCGCACCACGCUGGCCAGUAUCAUUUGUGCCAAUGCGGAUCACAGGGAGGACUUUUAUCAAGCCCCGGAAGCGUUCCUGCAGUCGAGCAGCGAUAAUGUUCCCGUCCCUUGUGUCAACUAUCCCAACGUUAAUUUGGGAUUGUGGGCAGAGGGAGGAUUUUAAAUCUGUUGGUAUUAUUGUGUAAAUGUUCUCAAAGUUGUAACAUUGUCUGAUUUUUCUGUGUUGUUUUCCUUUUUGUUUGAAAUUUGUAUUUUUGUUUGUAAAAAUAUAGUUUUCACUGUUAAGUGUUUCAAAAAAGUCGUAGAAUAAAAUGUUCUUAUCGAAAAAUCAA